UCUCUUUUCACCUGAAAGGUUAGUGACCUAAAUAAUUAUCCUCGGCAGAGAAGCAAUCGUUUUAUCUUUUUUGUGCUAUCUAAAAAUGUCGACUAAAUUUGAAUUCCGUGACAACUGAUAAAGUCAUAUUCCUGUUGCUCAUUUUCAUGCAAAAUUCAUCAUACUUUGUGAGUAUGCCAAUUUUCCUUGUUCUUGUUCUUGUAAAUCAGUGUUCUGCUAUCAGGGUGCAUGCACAAAAGUUGUCACAUGGACAAUAAUAUAUGGCAUUAAGCCAACGCAUCGUUGUAUUGUUCAUUCUUCCAUCGCACUAUCAACAUUAAAACGAUACAUGCGAAAUAAUGCUAUAUAAGGGGUAGCAAAAAAUGAAGAAAACAAUUUGUAGUGUUUUGCCAUUGCAAUGAACCACUUGCUAGUACUUUUUCUUCCACUGCUCCAACUUGCAAGUGUUAAUGGAGCAGAUCUGCCCACUGCCAAGAUAAUAAAUGGAACAAUUGCGAAUGACACUCAAUUUCCUUGGCAUGUGUCUGUAUUUGUCAACGGCACCUUUACGUGUAGUGGUUCGCUGAUCUCACCUCGAUGGAUUUUGACAGCUGGGCAUUGCAUUGGGCCUGGAAACUUCUCAAUCCGCCUUGGUGCCACCAAAAGAGAGGAAUUUGACGAAGGGACUAUGGUGUUCAGUAUUCCACCGGCCAAUAUAUUUAGGCAUCCAAAUUUCAGUUCAACUGAGACUUCCCUUAGAAAUGAUAUUGCCAUGAUUAAGUUGCCUAUCGGAAUCACUUUUCCUACGAGGCCUGUAAAGAACGCAACAAUUGCUGUGAUCAAACUGCCUAGCGUAUCGGCCAAGAGGAAAACUUACGUUGGAGAAAAAGCUAUAAUGAGUGGCUGGGGACAAUUCGAGGAAGAUGGUGAUUUCAGCGAUGUUUUAAACUGGGCCAUCAAUCCGGUGAUCGCCAACGCGGAUUGCCAAGCGAAAUUCAGUAGCCUUGGAUUGAACUAUGUGUAUAAUGGCUCAAUCUGUACAUCUACAUCCUCUCUGACUGGGACUUGCGAAGUUCAUUUAUAUAUGGAACAUUAUAGGGUGAUGAUGGCGGUCCACUCGUUGUGAUGGGCUCUGACAAAAAAUACACCUUGAUUGGGGUGGCUUCGUUUGCAAACGUCCCCACUUGCAUAGAUGGCUACAGUGGCUUUGCCAGGGUCACUUUCUUCCUCGAUUGGAUACAGAAAACCUUAAGAAAGUAGUUUUGCUAUAAUAUGUGAGCCAUUACUCUAUUGGAAAAAUAAAAAAUGUAUAUUCA